AUGUCCAGUCGACUUCCUCAUCUUAAACGAACUGCGGUGCAAACAACUCAAAUAGCAAUGGCUUAUGUCUCCUCCAAGCCCUGGCAACGAGGCCACCAACAGGUUUUUCUCAUCUGCCCACCCACAGCACCAGCACCAAGAGUGGGCCUCAGACCAAAUGUGUUUGUUGGUCUACAGUUGCGCAAGACAGGGUUUGGUGGCGGUGGUGGUGACUGGUGGGCUACGGAGCUGAGCUGUCGCUCGGAUGCAGGUCAACUAAACAUCUUCAACCGAGCUGGCAACGUUAAUCUCAUCUCAAGUUGCCACGCCAAUCGGGACGUUGCGAAUGCCUACGAAUGGUGUUGCCAAAGAGGCAUAAACGUCAUAAAUGAAGACGCUCUUGUCAGAAGUCGAGUCCUGUCCCGGUCCCGGUCCCGGUCCCGAGGGAGAAAUGAAACAGACAUCCAAAAUACCGCAGCUUUUGACAUGCCCUCCUCGCCCAACCCGGCCAUCAUUUAA